UCAACAGCUUGCCUUCUGUCAAAUGGACGAAACUCGGAGCGAAGGGAGCGAAGUUUGUGCGUGGUUUUACAAAUUUUACAAAGUUCUCUGAAUUUGUAGUGAAAUCCUUUAAGCAUUCAACGUUUAAGUAAAAUAUAUUUCAACUCCUAAUCACCAAAACAUCAGCAGAUUUAGAGGCGCCGAAAAUGGAUUCGGAUUUGUACGACGAGUUCGGAAACUACAUCGGACCGGAUCUGGAGAGUGACGAAGAUGACGAUCAGAGUCUGUACGGCCAACCGGACCAGCAGGACGAUCUGGACUUGGAUGACGGCAUGGAGGAAGAGGCGGAACAAAGCGAAGAUCCGGCCACUUCCCGGGCAGUUGUGCUCCACGAAGACAAACGGUACUAUCCCUCAGCCCUGGAAGUUUAUGGUGAAGAGGUGGAAACCAUAGUCCAGGAAGAAGACGCACAGCCACUGGAUAAACCGCUCAUUGAGCCGGUGAAGAAAGUGAAGUUUCAGAUCAAGGAACAAGAACUGCCAGAUACGACGUACAAUAUGGAGUUCUUGGCGGAUUUGAUGGACACGCCGACGCUGAUUCGGAAUGUGGCUCUGAUCGGCCAUCUGCACCAUGGAAAGACGACUUUCGUGGAUUGCUUGGUUCGUCAGACUCAUCCUCAGUUCCAGGACAUGGACGAACGCAAUCUGCGGUAUACGGAUACGUUGUUCACCGAGCAGGAACGGGGAGUGAGCAUUAAGGCCACUCCUAUCACGCUGGUUCUGCCGGAUGUGAAAAGCAAAAGCUUCUUAAUCAACGUGUUCGAUACGCCAGGGCAUGUGAACUUCUCGGAUGAGGUAACGGCGGCCAUGAGGCUUUGUGAUGGGGUGGUUCUCUUUGUGGACGCAGCCGAAGGAGUUUCGCUCAAUACGGAGCGAUUGCUGAAGCACGCCAUUCAGGAGAAGUUGGCCAUCACGGUUUGCAUCAAUAAGAUCGAUCGGUUGAUGCUGGAGUUGAAGUUGCCCCCUCAGGAUGCGUAUUUCAAACUGAAACAUAUCGUGGAGGAGAUCAACGGAUUGCUGACAUUGUACGGAGAUUCCAGCGUGAAGCAGGUUUCGCCCAUCUUGGGGAAUGUUUGCUUUGCGAGCUCGCUGUACGGGAUUUGCUUUACGCUGAAGUCGUUCGCCCGACUCUACGCCGACACGUACGAUGGGGUCAAUCCGGUUGAGUUUGCGCGCCGGCUGUGGGGAGAUAUGUACUUCCACAACAAAUCGCGUAAGUUCACCAAGAAGCCGCCGCACAGUUCGGCCCACCGUAGCUUCGUGGAGUUCAUCCUGGAGCCUUUGUACAAGUUGUUCGCCCAGGUGGUCGGCGACGUGGACACAACUCUGGCCGACACGCUGGCCGAGCUGAACAUUCGCGUCACCAAAGAGGAAAUGAAGUGCAACAUCCGUCCGCUGUUGCGUUUGAUCUGCAAUCGAUUCAUCGGGGACUUUUGCGGCUUUGUGGACAUGUGCGUGGAGCACAUCCAAUCGCCACUGGAUAACGCCCAGACGAAGAUCGAUCACAUCUAUACGGGAGUGAAGGAGAGCGGCAUCUAUCAGGACAUGAUGAACUGCGAUCAGAGUGCCCAGCUGAUGGUGCACACCUCGAAGAUGUAUCCAACGGAGGAUUGUACGUUCUUCCAGGUGCUGGGACGUGUCAUGAGUGGCACGUUGCAUGCCGGACAGGAAGUUCGAGUUCUGGGGGAGAAUUAUUCGCUGAUGGACGAGGAGGACUCUCGAACCUUGCAAGUGGGUCGUCUCUGGAUUUACGAGGCAAGGUAUAAAGUGGAAUUGAAUCGGGUGCCAGCGGGUAACUGGGUGCUUAUCGAAGGAAUCGAUCAGUGCAUUGUGAAGACCUCGACCAUCACGGAUGUCAAUAUGAACGAAGACGUGUUCAUCUUUAGGCCGCUGAAGUUCAACACUCAGAGUAUUAUCAAAAUAGCCGUGGAACCGGUCAAUCCUUCAGAGCUGCCAAAAAUGUUGGAUGGAUUACGAAAGGUGAACAAAUCGUACCCUCUGUUGUCCACCAAGGUCGAAGAAUCUGGAGAGCAUGUCAUUCUGGGAACUGGAGAACUAUACCUGGAUUGCGUGAUGCACGAUUUGCGCAAAAUGUACUCUGAAAUUGACAUCAAGGUCGCCGAUCCGGUGGUGGCCUUCUGCGAGAGUGUUGUAGAAACCAGUUCCUUGAAGUGCUUCGCCGAAACACCAAACAAAAAGAACAAGAUCACAAUGAUUGCCGAGCCUCUGGAGAAGGGUCUGGGCGAGGACAUCGAAAACGAAACCGUUUCCAUCGGUUGGAACAAGAAGAAGCUGGGAGAGUUCUUCCAGAUCAAUUACGAUUGGGAUUUGCUGGCUGCUCGAUCGAUUUGGGCCUUCGGGCCGGACAACACAGGUCCCAACAUCCUCGUGGAUGACACACUUCCGUUCGAAGUGGACAAAACUCUCCUUGGCUCGGUGAAAGAUUCAAUCAUCCAAGGUUUCCAGUGGGGUACCCGAGAAGGCCCCCUCUGCGAAGAACCCAUCCGAAAUGUCAAGUUCAAAAUCCUAGACGCAGUUAUCGCCCAGGAGCCGCUGCACCGAGGAGGCGGACAAAUUAUCCCAACAGCCAGACGAGUAGCCUAUUCCGCUUUCUUGUUGGCCACACCGCGCCUUUGCGAACCUUACCUAUUCGUAGAAGUACAAGCCCCCGCCGAUUGCGUUUCGUCAGUGUACUCCGUCCUGGCUCGAAGACGAGGUCACGUAACCCAAGAUGCCCCCGUGCCCGGAUCCCCCCUCUACACCAUCAAGGCAUUCAUUCCAGCGAUAGAUUCGUUCGGCUUCGAAACCGAUCUCCGAACGCACACCCAGGGGCAAGCCUUCUGUCUCUCAGUGUUCCACCACUGGCAGAUCGUUCCGGGCGAUCCGCUGGACAAGAGCAUCGUCAUUCGACCGCUGGAACCACAACCGGCCACGCAUUUGGCGCGAGAGUUCAUGAUCAAAACUCGCCGGAGGAAGGGAUUGUCCGAGGACGUUUCCAUCAACAAGUUCUUCGACGAUCCCAUGUUGCUGGAACUGGCCCGGCAAGAUGUCCUACUCAACUACCCCAUCUAAGAAGCGAAGAUCUUCAACCGAAAAAAUGGACGAACCUAAGCUGGAUGCUGUGAAUGCUGCAUAUGUCUUUUGCAAAGCAAUGUAUUAAAGCAAGUGUUAAUGAUUGAAUUUGAUUAAAUAAAAGCGGCACAAAUAAAUGUUUAGAAUCCAUAAAUUUA